AUGAAGAGAUCAUCAGUAGUAAUCAUGGCUCCGGAAUCUCCUGUUUUCUUCCCACCUUUCUCUCCGACGUCGGUCAAAACGCCGUCGUCUUCUCCUCGUUCAACGCCACCGAAGCUUUCGAUGGUAGCGUAUCCUCCACGGAAGCCGAAAGAGACUAUUUUGGUUCCGGAUUCUGACACGGUGCUGAAAAGAAAGCGGCCGCCGAUGCUUGACCUUACCUCGACUCCGACUAUUGCUUCAUGGUGCGGUACGACGUCGGCGAAGACGCCGGAAAAAGGGACGGAAGUCGAAGAAGCGGAGAAAGAUGGAUACUACUCUGUUUAUUGCAAGAGAGGAAGACGCGGACCAAUGGAAGAUCGUUAUUUCGCGGCGGUUGAUGAUCGCAAAAAGGCUUUUUUCGGGGUGUUCGACGGUCACGGAGGAUCCAAAGCGGCGGAGUUCGCGGCGUUGAAUCUCGGUAGCAACAUUGAGGCGGCGAUGGCGGCAGCGAGAUCGGGAGGUUACUCGGUUGAGAGAGCGAUAAGAGACGGUUACAUUAAAACGGACGAGGACUUCUUGAAAGAAGGGUCAAGAGGCGGCGCGUGUUGUGUAACCGCUCUGAUAUCGGACGGCGAGCUUACGGUUUCGAAUGCCGGAGACUGCCGGGCGGUUAUAAGCCGCGGCGGAGCUGCGGAAGCUCUUACUACCGAUCACAAUCCUUCUCAAGCAAAUGAGCUCAAAAGAAUUGAAGCAUUGGGUGGUUAUGUUGACUGCUGCAACGGCGUGUGGAGAAUACAAGGCACAUUAGCCGUCUCACGAGGAAUCGGAGACCGGUAUCUCAAGGAGUGGGUAAUAGCUGAACCGGAAACCAGAACAUUACGGAUUAAGCCGGAGUUUGAGUUCUUGAUUUUAGCAUCUGACGGCCUUUGGGAUAAGGUAACGAACCAAGAGGCGGUAGAUGUGGUUCGAUCGUACUGUGUAGGAGUGGAGAAUCCAAAGACGCUGUCCGCUUGCAAGAAACUAGCCGAGCUAUCGAGUAAGAGAGGGUGCUUGGAUGAUAUUAGUCUAAUUAUAAUUCAGCUACAAAACUUUGUGGCAUGA